AUGAUAUCCCGCUGCUCUGCCUAUCUUCUCCUCGCUGUCCUCGCAGCUUUGAACGCGUACCUCGAUCUCCUGCAUGUACGAGCAACACUCCAUGUAGCGAAAGGGCGCACGCCUCCGCCCUCUCAUUACACCUUCAUCGACGACGACUACGCGCCGCGCCUCCCCCUCCCCUCCGCACGCCGCGCCGUAAAGCUCACAUUCGAAGACAGCGCGCGCUACGCGCUCUACGCACCCGAAGCCAACGCCGAGUGGCUCUCCACGGCGACUGUUGGCGACGGGAACGUGCACCUCGGGCCCGCCGCGCGCUUCUUCGUCGUUGGGGUCACGCACCAGCUGCACUGCAUGCGCGCGUACCGCCAGGCGCUCGCGCAGGAUGCGCCGGUGCGCCCGCACACGCACCAAGGGGGCCACCUCGCGCACUGCCUGAACUUUCUGCGCAUGUCGACGCUGUGCGCGGCGGACGUGGCGCUCGAGCCGCCAGAUGCGCUGGCGCGCGAGCAUGGGAGAGGCGGGGCGGGUGGGGUGCAUGAGUGUGUGGAUUGGCCGGCGUUUUAUGACGAGAUGAAGGCGAAUUACGAGGGUUGGACGGCGUACCAGGAGUCGGACGUGUAA